UUUGCAUCUAUACAUUAUGUCAUUUGUGUGCUCGCCCUCGGACCUCAGCUCUCACACUGUUUUACAAACAAUUAUUAAUAUAUUCCUUUUAAUUUAAUUGUCGUCUUGUCUUAAGGAAAAUGAUAUUAUAUUCUUCGCUUGUACCUCAUAUUAGGCAAUAAUCAUUAAAACGUAUUUUAAUUAAAUGAAAUGUUUUUUCCUGUCAUCGAGUAACUAGCCUGUUAAACAAUCAAUACAUUGCGACGAGAACGGAGAAGCGGAGAUCUGAAAGCCGGUAAGAUGGACAGAAAAUUCUCCUUGAAAGAGCUAUUUAGUUCGUACCAAAAAUGGGUUAUAAAGAAUCCCAGUCUCGUAACAGAUGUAGAAACUGUAGCGACAUGGUCCUCGUACUUUAUAGCUGGGAAAAUUAAUAAAUCACCAAUUGUGUCUGAACUCGUGUAUGCCUUAUCAAAACUAUUAUCAUUAUUUAAUGACAAAAUCAUAAAAGAUGCUUACGGCAAUGAUAUACCACACUACAGUUUACAAGAACAAAUAAAGUUAUGGUUGACAAUUACUCACUAUUGUGAAGUAUUUGUUGAACUAGUUGUGAGGCAGAAAUGGGGAACAAGAGGUAAAUGGACGGCAGCCACAAUCUUACAACUAUUUAAGUGUUCCUCAGCUUUAGUGCUAUUGUACAGAUUCAAAGAAAUCACAAUUCAGCAUCCUCCAAUACCAGCCUUACAAAGAAAGAAAAGAGUAUCAGAGGCUAUGGAAUCUGAAGACAAUUCAAAUGAAUUUUUCACAUUGAAAAGAUCAGGGAGAGUGAUUCGCCGUGUAGAAGGUGCACCACCUGUAGGUCUACGGGAUUGGCAGCCAAUUAAGAUAAAGGAUGAAACUAUACAUUCCACAUUGCAAAUAAAAGACUUGAAGAAUGCUGAAUUACUCCAUUUGUUAAAACCAAUAAUACAUCUGGCUGCAAUGAAAGUUUUUGGUACAAAGUCUUGGAAACAGUGGCUGAUAGCUUUAGGUUUGGAUGUUGCGAGUUUCAGGCUGUAUAAUCGGCACAUGGAAGAGUUGAACUAUGACCAAAGGUUAGAAAUAAGCCGCAGAAAGCUCAGCCUUGUACUUUACUUGAUGAGAAGUCCAAUGUACAAUGGUUAUUCCAAAAAUGUCAUUGAAAACUUCUUAAAAUCGACAUCAAAUACAAUACCAGCAAUGUCCUUUGUGUGUGGGCCAAUCUUGCAAUAUUUGAACCAUUGGCAAGAUAUUUACUUCUAUAUGUGGGCUAUGUAGGAAAAUGGUUUUAUAUCUUGUUAGUUUUAUAUCAACAUAUUUUUAAGUUAACAACUAGGUUUACAUUUUAUAAUGUAUUGAAAGCCAAAUUUAUAAAUGGUUAUGUAUUUCUGUUUCUGUAAUAAUGUGUAAGUGAGGUAUUUACAAGAUAUCUUGUACAAAAUAUUUAUACCAUAUUCAUAUUGAUGUUGUGAUUUACACAUGUAACAUUUUUGGUUACCUAUUUAUAUUUUAGAAGCAGGUCCUAUGGAGUUCCCUUUUCUGUAUUUAUCAGUUGUCAUGGAUAUGGUAAAUAUACCCGGCGCGGCGAAUGAUGAUCCCUAUGACAGUUCGUCUUAGUGAUUGCUCGUAUGAUGGGUCGUGUCGAUACUUUACUAUUUUAUAGGCAAAGGCGUGGUUUGUAUUCAGCCCCGUCGGUAAACAUGUUUUUACAAAUAUUAUAAAAUGAAUUUUUAACUAAAAUUUUUAACGUCUAUUAUGUUGUUGUAUUAAUUUAGGUUUUUAGCAUAGAAAUUUAGAAAAAUAAAAAUGCGCCUUAUCAUUUUCACGUAAUUUUUAACCCGUUUAA